AUUUUAAUACACACAUAAAUAGAAUAUUCUGUUCAGUGAACCUGGUAGUGUGCACUAUGUGUGACAUGGUGUGGCUUUUGAUUGAUAUGUUUCAUCCGACCUUCAUUCGUGUCCACUUGUUCAUUGGGUUAAUACUGUCACACUAGCGAAUUGGCUUCAAGUACAAGAGUGGAUAGUAGAACUGCACGAUAUUGGCCGGAUUCUUGCGGUAUAGCAAGUUAUUUGCGGUAUUCUUCAGUAGUGUAGUUUUACCGAGUAAAUCCUUCUUAUAGAUUCACUGGAGAAAACUCAUAUCUAACAUUUAAGCGUAUUCCUUGAUAAACACUUCGUAAAUAAUAGAAGCCAAAGUUUCAAUUGCAGAGAUUUGGAUGUCUUGUAAUAUAUAUACUACAGAGCACUAUCUAGUACUAGCAGCACUGCAAGACUCUAAUUAAUGAAUCGGUCUACUUCCAUGCUGUAGUCUGCGGAUAUUCCUCACGCUGAACAGGGCUAAUAGAGUGUCUGUCUAGAUCUCACACGUGUGUCAUCGAGUAACUAGAAAAGCCAGGACAUUUCCGACCACGAGGAGUCAUUGCAGGAUUGGAUGUUCUCUUGUAACUUGCUGAACUAGGCAGUGCCAUAGCCAAGAUGGAAUUCGAUCAAUUGUUGAAGCAGUAUCUCGGAGAAAUCGGAUUGUAUCAAAUUUUGGUCGUAGCCCUGCUGUCAAUCCUGGGUAUGACAGUUAGUUUUACAAACGUAAGCAUUGUCUUCAUUGCCGCCGUGCCGGAACACCAUUGUUACAUACAGGAACUCUGGCAAUCGACGUUAAACAUAUCGAUCGAUGACAUUCGUAAUAUUAGCAUUCCCCGAGACAGUGAGAAUGGAGGAUUCCAAAAGUGUAAGAUGUACGACAGGAAUUAUUCCGAUAUUACAUCCUCGAAAUUGAACUCUUGGAUGAGCGAGGUGAACGAGUCUAGUGUUAAGAUUGUACCAUGUAAGGAAUGGUACUACGACCAAUCGCAGUACAUAUCCACUGUGGUUUCUCAGUUUGGCCUGGUGUGUGAUUAUGAAUGGAUGAUAUAUUUAACAAAUAUCAUGUUCAUGGCCGGCUAUCUCGUCGGUACACUGAUAUCAGGACAAAUAGCCGACAGAUUUGGGAGACGUUACACCAUCAUUGGGUGUUAUGCAUUGACUGUUGUGUUCUCUUUUGCGACUGCGUUUUCGCCCAACUUUACGAUAUUCACCAUCUUGAGGUUCUGUACGGCUGUCUUCAGCAUAAGCAGUUAUACCAUAGGAUUCGUAUUCAAUAUGGAGCUUGUUGGUCCGUCAUGGAGGAACACGAGCGGGUUGUCAAUGCAGUAUUCCUGGUCGAUGGGUUUUAUGGUGCUUGCUCUUGUAGCUUAUUAUAUAAGAGAUUGGUCCACGCUACAGUUGGUGUUGGUCAUACCACUUGCUCUGCAUUGCUUCCUCAUUUUUUUUCUUCCAGAAUCACCUCGGUGGUUAUACGCUAAAUGUAAAACCGAAAAUGCCGAUGCUGCUGUCAGAAAAAUUGCAAAGUGGAACAGGAAGGACAUCCCAAAGGCACUCAAUGUAAAUGUGGAGACAAACGCUGCCAACCACACAAUCAUUGAUUUAAUGCGGACACCAAGGAUGAGAAAGAGGGCACUUGCCAUGUUCUACGCCUGGUUUGUGUGUGCCUUUGUCUACUAUGGUCUAUCCCUCAAUUCAUCAUCGUGGGGAGGUGAUCCUUACGUCAAUUUCCUCAUAUCCGGGGCAAUUGAGGUCCCUGCCUAUGUGUUGGCCCAUAUUUGUUUCUGGAAGAUAGGGAGAAGAUACCCCAUCAGCUUUGCUUUCAUGUGUGGAGGAUUAGCUUUACUUUGUAUCUUGGUAAUUCCAAAACAUAUGACUCUGCUAAUCAUUGUUUUGUCAAUGACUGGAAAAUUCCUGAUAUCUGCUGGGUUUGGUAUGGUGUAUAACUACGCUGCCGAGGUAUUCCCCACUCAGGUCCGCAACCUUGGCGUUGGUACAUCUUCCACUUGUGCAAGGGUUGGGGGAAUGCUGGCCCCGUGUGUCAAUUUACUGGGUGCAUUUAGUUGGUUCGUACCCAGCCUAAUAUUUGGCGUAGCAUCGUUGAUUGGAGCAUUGGUUGUGUUACUGCUGCCAGAGUCACGUGGUAGGAACCUCCCAGAUACGAUGGAAGAGGCGGAAAACUUCAGUAAAUUUAAAAGAAAAUUUAACCCAGCUAUGGACGAUUCUACAUUAGCCGAACCUUUAAGUUCAGCAAAUGAUGUAUAG